CUCAAAAACUAUCACCAUUCGAUUGAUUCCCGCCCAAUGCCGACGCAAGAAUAAUGUCCGAGUUUAUCUGUGAUUAUACAUAGUAUUUUGAGUUUUAUAUUAAUUUCAACUCGACCUUAGACCUCUUUGGUAAUUAAUUGUAGUUAUUAUUACGAUUAGAACUACCGCAAUCGGGGAAUUUCGUUGGGUAGUGUUCCGAAUUCCGCGAUACCCUCUGUCAGGGUCCAGCCUCUGAUGGUGUGCAUGAUGUGAUGCUCAAAAUCUCCUAAUGCAAGAACUUUUUACCUCGUGAUAAAUUACAUCUUGAAGUCGCCACAAUGAAAAAUCUAACCCACUACUUCCAACUAGCCAAGAGUCCGUCUGAGGAGGCUGCCUCUGGUUCUAAUGUAAGCACUGAGGAAACUGCAGAGUCUAAGGAGAAAACGAGAGAUGAAGACAUAUCCAUUGUAUCCAGCAAAUCCCCUGCUAAACCGAAAAAGCUAAGUCUUAAGUCCAGGAAGUCUCAACAAGACUCUAAGUCAGAUGGAAAUAGCACCCCAAAAAUUGCGAGCCCUGACUCUACAGUUGACACAUCGGAAAAGAAGACACGUAGAAAGCGAAGUGAAUCUUCUAAAACCUCUGAAAAGAUGAUAAAAAACUCCUUAAAGGGGGGCAGUCCGCAAAAAACGUUUAAAACCUCAAUGCAGGACAUAUUACAAAAAGUUCUGAAGAAAAAAUUCCCUGAUGGUGAGUACAGUCUUCCUGAUUUAAACAACAAAACCACAGAUGAGGCUGCUUCAAUGAAUUUUGACUUAGAUGAAACAGAUGAAGAUGUCAAAUUAUCUGAAGAAAUUUCAAGUUCUAUCACCCCAAAGAAGAGAGGUCGCAAGCCAAAAAAUGCUAAAAAAGAAAGCAAUACAUCACCCGGUAAAAAUAAAUUAAGUUAUGAAGAGUUGGAAACGGAGCUCUUAAAAGAGAGACUUUUACUCCAGAAAUUGAAAGAAACGUUUCUAGCCAGUAACCCAGAUGAAGAGUCUUUAGCAAAAUACAAUAGCACUUUAAGUCCGAAAAACAAACUUACCUUAAAUAAUUCUUCGCUUUCUAACAUUGAUAAAUGUGAACUUCUCUCCACUCCCAAAUCAGGCAGGCGCAAAUUGAGUAAUGGAAUUGGUGUGAGCAAAAGUGCAGAAAAUAAACCUAAAUCUCCCAAAAAAUCUCUAUCUUCAACUCCCAAAAGUCUUCCACCAAAAGGUCUUACAGUACUAAAGAAGUCCAACCUGACCAAGAAAACACCUGAAAAUGAUACCAAAAUUAUGAAAGAAGUGUUAGAGUUCCUUGACCAUAGUGAGUCUAAAAGUUGUUCGCCUAGCCCCAAGAAAAGUUCACCAGGAUCCAAACAAAGUGAAGGAAAAGAUAAGUCAGCAUCUAAAAGCAAAAAACAGUUAGAGUUUGCUGAUGUCAAGGGCAAAAAUGACUCCCUUGACAAAGUGAAAAAGAAGAAGAAGAAAGUAGGUGAAUUGGCAAUGCCUGAGAAGAAAAACGGAACGCCUGAGAAAGCGAACAAGAAGAAAAAAGAAAAUGGUGAUGAUGGAACAUCACCUGUUGGAAACAAAAAACCAAAAAAUUCCCCCAAAAAAAGUGUGACUGAUGAAAAGAAUACCGUCUUGACUGAGUCCCCUUUGGAUGUGAAACGUAAAAGAAAACAGCGGACAGACUCAACUGAUGGUCCAGAGAAAUCAUUUACUCCUGUAUCUCCUGGGAAAAAGAAAGUCAAAAUUAGUUUAAAUAGUAAAGAAAAACUGGAAUUGGAACCAUCUAGUCCUCCCAAAAAGAAGAAGACAAGUUUCAAAAGUGGUGGAGAUGUCUCCAAUGAACUACACAUUGAAACAUCUACGAAAGCAAAGAGAAAAUCCGAGGGGAAGAGUCAGAAAGGGUCAGAUUUUGAAGAAAUUGAAAAACCCCCUCCAAAGAAAAGGGGGCGACCGAGAAAAAGUGAAGAGUCCAAAAGUACUCAAAAAGAAUCCAUAGCUAAAGAAUCAGAGAAAAGUGUUAGUUCCCAGGGCAAAAUUGACAAAGAUCAGAAACAGAAAGAAGAGACAGAAACAAUUGAUCUGAAUAGCUCAUCUGACUCUGUUUUCAUUGACGCUUCGCAGAAGUCCAAUGAUGGUACAAAAUCAGUCAAACCAAAGUCUGAAUCAGAUAACGAAGAAAAAAGGCACUCGCAAACAAAAUCUUCCGAGGAGAGCUCACAGAAAAACAGUUUAUUCAAAUAUUUUGGAAAAGUUGACAAGACGUACAUGAAGAAAGAAGAAAGGAGUAGUUGCCUGACCACACGAGCUAUUAUCCACUCUCCACCGGUAUCUCCAAGUAAAAAGAGAAAGAGCACCGAGCCACCGUUCUCCCCUCGCCGAAAGAAACUUAAGACUAUGCUUGUGGACGCAGACAAAAUAGAAUUGUUGAGUUCUGAGGUCGUACCAAACACUGAAUUUGAGAAUUCUAAUGACUCAGACUCAGAAGUUACAAAAACAGCAAAUGACAGGGCAAAAAGCAAGGGAAAGAGUCCGAAGAAGUGGUCCAUGAGGGUUAAAUUAGCUGUACAAAGCCCAUCAAAACCAACAGUCACAGAUAGCAAGAGUCCAGAAAGCAGUCCUGAAAGCAAGGUCAAAAGAAAAUUAUUUGGCAGUCAGCAGAAGUCUCACGUUAAGGAUUCAGAUGAGGGCAGCACUGAUUCACAUGAUGUUGAAGUUAUUGAGGAGAAGGCUUCUUGUCCCAAGGUCAAAGGCAGUGAAGUUGAGAAGGUAUCCAACACAUCCAAAGAUGAAUCAGCAAAAACCUCCGCCAGCACUGUCAAGGAAAGUGAAACACCAAAACCGCCAGUUAAGUUGGCUUCAAUUUUUUUGAAAAAGAGCACUCCGAAAGUGAAUACAUCUAAUUCCACUUCAGCAGAUUCGCCAAUAGUCAUAGAUGAUGAAACGCUUCAAGCAAAGAAGGAAUUUCUAUCCAGUGGCGUUCCCGAUAUAAUUAAGCAGAAGACUGAACAGUUGAAGGCUCAGGAAAAAUCUGAAGAAGAGUAUUAUGUUCCAUUUCCGAAGAUAAGCCAUGUUGGGUACGACAAUACCUUGUCUCAAGAAAAUGCUUUGCUGGAACUAGGAAAAUCCUUUAAACUGAGACCAGACGUAGACUUAUUAGAAAUUGUGAAUGACAGUUUGAAGGAACCUUGGAAAAACUUGAUCGACCCUGCUGUUCAUGCCCCAAUGCUGAAUGAAAACAUUUCAUGGCCCAAAUGCAAUGAUAGUAAGAGACAGACGCGGUAUUUAAAGAAGCAGGCAAGCAAUUUUCCAUUUGAAGUUUUUGAGAAGAAAUUGGAAAAAAUCUCCUCUGCCGACAAGUCUUCUGAAGUUAAACAUGAAAUGUGGACUGAAAAAUACAAGCCUCAAAGCUCCCAAGAAGUUCUUGGCAACGGCUCUUGUGUUUCUGAACUCAAACGAUGGUUAGAAGAACAGAAAGCUUCCAAAAAGAAAGACUUGGAUGAGAGCAGUGGUGAUGAGUUCGUAUCUUCAGAUGAUGAUAGCAGUCUCACCAAGUGCGCUAACAAUGUGGCCAUAAUAUCAGGACCUCCUGGAUGUGGUAAAACAAGCUCUGUGUACGCAGUGGCAAAAGAACUAGGGUGCCAAGUCCUUGAGCUGAAUGCCUCCUGUAAUCGAAAUGGGAAAAAAGUGCUCUCUGAAUUGCUGGAAGCCACCCAAUCCCACCAAGUCAAGCGAGUGUCGAAUAUUCUCGCUGACAUGUUCUCCAAAGCGGCGAAGGGAGACAAGAAGAAGAAAAAAAAGAAAUUAAAAUCAAAAGAUCCUGGCCUGGGUCCAGAUGCCAAAGUAAUGUCAAUCAUCUUGAUCGAAGAUGCAGAUCUCAUUUUCUCUGACCAUGAUGAUGGAUUCAUUGCAGCUCUGUCCUCUUUGAGCACCAUGUCAAAACGGCCAGUAAUCUUGGUUUCUAAUAGUAUUCAGUGCUCUCAUCUCAAUAAAUUUAUCAAACAGCAGUGCCUACUUUUGGAGUUCAGUAAACCCUCUUUCUUCGACAUGAGAACCUUCUUGCAAUUAAUAGCUCUCAGUGAAAUGGUAGAACUGCCUAAAGAGGAUGCUGAAAGAAUUGUCUAUGAAACCAGAGAUUUAAGGCAAGCAAUGCUGACUUUACAGUAUCAUCUGAUCUCAACCUUUAAGCCUCAAACUGAUUCAGAGGUUGGCUGGCCUCUAGAUAUUGGAAAACUAUGGUGGCAGUGGCCACUUCCACUUUCGAUUUCGCCUCUAACCAUUAAGACGGUUAAAAAGUCAAUGCCGUCACAUCUUGAUCCAUCCAAUGAGAAAACGAAUGGAAGUGAAGAAUUAGUUUCUGGCCAUCCUGCAGAACCGUCUAUUCCUAGUCAUGAAGACUGCCUAAAAUUCCAUAAAUUAGCUUCUUUCAUAGAUAAUUUGGCCGUCGCAGAAGUUUGGUCAUCAUCACGUUACCAUACCAUCAAAUCUGAAGACCCUAGUCCCAAAGCAUGGCAUGUCAAUGCAACUGAUUCAUGUCUCCUAAAUGAGAGAACAAAUCACGAACAUGCUGGCCAUGAUUCACUCUCAGUAGUCCUUAGUCAUGAAUUUAUAUCAAGAAAUGCCAGGUAUUUGGACAUGAAACUUACCAACUGCGUCCAGAACGGCUUGUCUCCCGAUUUGGUCAGAUGGAAGAAGAAGCUGCGGAAAGUGGAGGAAAUUCUCUUAACUGGGCUCCCAAUUCAGGAACAAAUCGAACGAGAGUCUAUUUUCUGUGAUUAUUUACCUAUGAUAAGAUCCAUUAGUCGCUCUGAGUGUGUAAGACUCGCUGGUAAUUCCAAACGCUCCAAUAGAUUUUUCAAUUAUUUAUCCAGUUUGAACAUGCAUCCUGACGAAAGCCAAAGAACCCUUAUGUGCAAUUCAUUUGUUGUUAUGAAUGAAACGAAAUCGAGUUCAUGAGGCAUUCUCAUCCAAAUACGCAUUCCCUCAAGGAUCUAGUAUUUUGAAAUAUCAGUAAUUUGUCUUGAAGACGAAGAACAAGGAAA